UAUAAUCACAUUUCUCACAACUGAUCAAAAUUUGACCAGGAUAUAGACCUAUGUUCGAUGUAUUUGUUAUCAUCUCGAUUUUUACGUGUGUGUAGUACUAGUACACUACGUAACGUUGGUUGUUCUCACAUAAAAUCUGGUCAUCCCGUUCAAUCAUCCUCUCGUUGUCGACGUUUCUGGAGAUUAAGACACAGCGCGUGCGUCUGCAGCUCUACCACUACCAGGUACCCUUUUGGUAGCAUAUUAGACGCCAGCAGUUCCGGUCUGAUUGAAACCUCGUAUUGGCCUGUCGUCCGUGGCUCUAGCAAUAGCAUCCAGUACCGCUAUACCGGUACCUUUCCAUCUGCCGUUCUCCAGUGUGAAAGAAAAAUGGCAGCUUCACAGUUCAUCAUUCCAAAUGAAGUGCCUAUUGUGAAUCUGGAAUGCAAGGCGGCAUUCGACUGUCUCUCGAGCAAGGAGAAAAAAUAUGCCCACUACAUUGGAAAGGCAGCGUGGAGUGGAGGCUUGAUUUGUCUGUUCCAAACCAGCCCAGAAUCUCCACUGAUUUUUCUGCUCUUGCAAAAACUGUUCAAAGGGCAAUCAGUAGAGGAGUUUAAGUCAGCUGCCAUUGAGAAAGGGACCGCAGAGGAUGAAGUCCAGGCCGUCCUGACCUAUGCUGCAGCCUUCUACUCUAAUCUUGGUAACUACAAGUCAUUUGGAGACACAAAGUUUGUGCCUAAUCUUCCUCAGGAUAAGUUUGAAGCAGUUAUCCAUGCCAGCAAGGCUUAUACUGAGGAUCCAAAGAGUAUACAGACACAGUGGCAUCAAUGUAAGCAUGCAUUAUACUCCGUAGAGAAAAGAGAACAACAACUUGGACUUGGGGAGGAGGGGAUUACUACUUACUUCUCGGACAACUGCACUCAAGCCGAUGCAGAACUUGCAAAGAAAUUCAUGUUUGGAAAGGACAUCAGCGCCUACAACACACGUCUGAUGAAAACUGUUGAUGACAAACAAAAGGUCACUUAUGAGGUCAGGUUAGCCUCGGCAAAAGCCACAUCUGAAGAUGGAGACUGUGAUAUCAAGUUUGGAUCAUAUGAGUUUGAAGGAACAACCUUCAAUGUGACGAGGGGGGAUUAUAGCCCCCUCAUGGCUGGUGUCGCAGACAACCUCAACAGAGCAAAGGAUUUUGCGGCCAAUGGUAAUGAGAGUGAGAUGAUGGCUAACUAUGUCAAGAGCUUCAGCACUGGAUCCAUAGAAGCACACAAAGAAGGCUCCAGAUACUGGAUCAAAGAUAAGGGACCCAUUGUAGAAACAUACAUUGGUUUCAUUGAGAGUUAUCGGGAUCCCUUUGGAGUAAGAGGAGAAUGGGAAGGCUUUGUUGCCAUGGUGAACAAGGAGAUGAGUGCUAAGUUUACUGACCUGGUAGAGAAUGCCGAGAAUCUUCUCCCUCUUUUGCCAUGGCCCAAGGAAUACGAGAAAGACACGUUCCUCAGACCUGACUUCACAUCCCUGGAUGUCUUGAGUUUUGCAUCGUCAGGAAUACCAGCAGGCAUCAACAUUCCAAACUAUGAUGACAUUCGUCAGGAUGAAGGAUUUAAGAAUGUAUCUCUAGGCAAUGUGCUGUCUGCUUACGGUAAAGAUCAGACGAUCACCUUCUUGACAGAUACAGACAAGGAAUUGUACAAGAAGCUAAAAGGUCCGUCCUUUGAGGUCCAGGUUGGUCUUCAUGAGCUGCUGGGUCAUGGCAGUGGAAAACUCUUUAUGAAAGACAACAAAGGACAGUUCAACUUUGAUACAGAAACUGUGAAGCACACUGAGACAGGGGAGAAGAUCUCAUCAUGGUACAUGCCAGGAGAGGUUUGGGAUUCCAAGUUUCCUGUGAUUGCCUCACCUUAUGAAGAAUGUAGAGCAGAGUGUGUAGGAAUCUACCUGUCUCUCUCAAGAGAGGCUCUCAAGAUCUUUGGACAUGAAGGCUCUGCAGCAGAUGACAUCCUGUAUGUCAACUGGCUUAACAUGGUGAGAGCUGGUAUCCUUGGUCUCGAGUUCUUCACACCAGAAUCCAAAACAUGGCGACAGGCUCAUAUGCAGGCACGCUUUGUCAUCUUGAGAGUGCUGGUAGAGGCGGGGCAAGGCCUAGUAACCAUCACCAGGACAACAGGAGAUGAUGGGAAGCCUGAUGUCAUCAUUCAAAUUGACCGGACCAAGAUCGAGACAGUAGGCAAGGAGGCCAUUGGCAACUUCCUCAGGAAACUGCAGGUGUACAAAUCCACUGGAGAUUAUACCUCGGGCAGAGCCAUGUUUGAUGGCUACUCGGCAGUCAAUGAUGACUCAGCAGAGAAGUUCCUGUCCCUACGUCAGACGGUCCUUGAUCGCAAGCAACCCAGGCGCAUGUUUGUGCAAUGCAAUACGUCCAUUGGAUCUGAUGGUGAGGUUGCCCUCCACGAGUAUGAGGCAUCUGCAGCAGGCAUCAUCCAGUCUUUCGUUGAUAGGUACAACAGAGAGGAUGUUGAGAGGAACGUCAGGGAUCUAUGGGAGAAAGACCAAGUACACUUCCCAUCUGUACAAUAAUGUUUGGAUUCAACAUUGAAUAAAGCCUUCACAGAUUGAAGUAGUGUGAUGUUGAUUAGAUCAGGGCUUCUCAGCCUUUUUUAUCUCGAUGCCCACUCUGGCUGUUAUACAAUUUUUUUGAGGCCCCCCCUAGCAAAAACUUAAUGAGGAAAAAAAUGACAUUAAAAUGUCACACAAGAAAAAUUGAGAACCAAUAAUGUGGGGAUUAUUUGUGUUGUAUCACUGUCCGUUGUAAUUCCACUAGUACUCUAUUUACCCCCAUUUCGUAAAGACAUAAAGCUUUGCUGAAUUCUAGCUGUGUCAUCAUCACGUAAGAUCAGACAU